CCCUGCCCCUUCAAGAGGAUUUGUUCAGGUUGGCACAGAGGAGACAACACCGUUGCCAGGAAAGAGUGUUGCCGUCGUUAAAUGAGCACAUACAUCGCUUUAAAUGUGGGACUUGUUUCAAUAAUACAUUUUGUCACUUAGCAGGAUUUCUUGUUUCGUAUGGACCUUUGAGUGGAUAUACUGGUAUCAAACUGAAACGAUGGGAUCUGGCGGACAAAGGCGAGGAGGAGAACCAUGGUGGCUAGCCCUUCGUUUUUCUGUUAUGCUCAGCUGCGUGGGGCAGAUUUCCGCUCAGAUUAAAUAUUCUGUUCCAGAGGAAGUAAAAGUGGGAUCUGUUGUUGGAAACGUUGCAAAGGAUCUAGGAUUGGAUAUCACUUCGCUGCAUGAUCGACGGUUUCGUAUUGUUUCAGGAUCCAAAGAUGCUCAGUUUGAAGUCAAUCAGAACAAUGGAGUCUUGUAUGUGCAUAAGAACAUCGACCGAGAGGAGCUCUGUGAAAAUGUUUCUCCGUGUUUGAUGAACCUAAAAAUGGUAGCUGAAAAUCCAAUGGAAAUACAUUAUGUGGGAGUCGAAAUCAUAGAUGUAAAUGAUAAUUCACCGCGCUUUAAAGAGGAGGAAAAAAUGUUAGAAAUUCCCGAGUCGACUCUUCCAGGCAGACGUUUUCAAUUACCCACUGCGCACGAUCCAGAUGUUGCCAUCAACACAGUUCGUGUGUACAAGUUAAGUCAAAACGAGUAUUUUAGCAUACAAAUUCGAGAGAGAGGAGAGGACAAGAUGCCCUCAUUGGUUCUGCAAAAAUCUCUGGAUCGGGAAAAGGAGUAUGAGCACAACCUAUUACUGACAGCAGUUGACGGUGGGAAUCCACCCAGAUCAGGGACGCUUAAUGUCACAGUCAUAGUUCUUGAUUCAAAUGAUAACCAUCCUACAUUCAGCCAAGACGUAUAUUCAGUAACAAUACCUGAAAACGUUCACGCAGAUACAAGUGUGAUUACAGUAAAAGCUUCUGACAUAGACGAGGGUGCAAAUGGACAAAUUGAAUUUCUUUUCGGUGGUCAACUUGGCCAGGAGAUAUAUGAUAUUUUCAGUUUAGAUAAAGAUACUGGUGAAAUUCGAGUGAAGGGUGAAAUCGACUUUGAAAACGUUGAAGUUUAUAAGUUAGACGUUCAUGCCACUGACAAAGGGCAGCCUCCGAUGAGUACCGACUGUAGGGUGAUCAUCAAAGUGCUCGACAAAAACGACAACAAGCCACAAAUAGAGGUGACAUCUCUGUCAAACACAAUAUCCGAAGACUCAAAACCUGGCACCGUGGUUUCUCUCAUCAGUAUUACAGACCACGACGCCGGGUUGAACGGUAAAGUAAUAUGUAGUCUCUCCGAAAAUGUGCCAUUCGAUUUGAAACCAUCAUUUCAAGAAAAUAUGUAUUCGUUAAUACUGAAACACCAUUUGGAUCGAGAAUCUGUUGCACAUUAUGAAAUCACAAUAACAGCUACAGACUGUGGUCAACCUCCUCUGUCAACAUUCAAAACUCUCAGUAUUGAUGUUUCGGACGUGAAUGACAAUGUUCCAACGUUUAUGCAUAAUCCAAUAGAAUUUUACCUGUUAGAAAAUAACGUACCUGGAAACCCUAUAUUUUCUGUUACUGCUACAGAUGUGGAUCUGAAUGAAAACGCUGCCUUGACUUAUCAUAUUGUUAGAGAGGAGAGAAGUCAAGUAAAAAUAACAGCAUUUUUAAAUAUAAAUUCGGAAAAUGGAGUCAUCACUGCGCUGAAAAGUUUCGACUUUGAAACAGUGAAAACGUUCCAGUUCCAAGUUGUGGCCACAGAUUCUGGAACUCCGUCACUAAGCAGCAACGUCACAGUGAACGUGUUCAUUCUGGAUCAGAACGACAACGCUCCAGUCAUCCUGUAUCCAGUCAGCUCAAACGGUUCUGCUGAAGGUGUGGAGGAGAUUCCCCGCAAUGUGAACGCAGCACACUUGGUGACUAAAGUCAGAGCCUAUGACGCUGAUAUAGGAUAUAACGGCUGGUUACUGUUUUCACUGCAGGAAGUGACUGAGCACAGUCUCUUUGCUUUGGACCGCUAUACAGGACAGAUCAGAACACUUCGCUCAUUCACAGAGACAGACGAGGCUGAGCAGAAACUGGUCAUACUGGUCAAAGACAAUGGCAACGUUUCCCUCUCUGCAACAGCUACUGUCAUUGUCAAAGUUGUGGAGCCCAAAGAGGCUUUUGCUGCUUCUGAUGUUAAAAGUGCAACAAACGAUGAUGAGGAGAGUAAUGUCACUUUUUAUCUCAUGAUAACUUUGGCCUCAGUUUCAGCACUUUUUCUCAUCAGCAUCAUCGUGCUCAUUGCAAUGCAGUGCUCCAAAUCCACAGACUACACUUCCAAAUACCUACAAGAGACUAAUUAUGACGGGACACUGUGUCACAGCAUCCAGUACAGAUCUGGAGAGAAACGCUACAUGUUAGUGGGACCCAGAAUGAGUAUAGGAUCUACUAUAGUCCCGGGGAGCCAUGCCAACACACUAGUGCUCCCUGACAGGAGGAGGACCUCUACUGAGGUAAGAGCAUUUAGCCCUACGUCAUAAAUAUUGCUAAUCGCCUGGUUGUAACCGCUGUCCAUGGUGCUGAUGCGUUUGUUUCAUGUUAACAAACAUGUGAGCAUAUUCGAAAUCUAGAAACAUGGCUAUAUGUUUUGCAAUACAAGGGCUGUUUGUUUUCAACAGGUGCAUAUCAUACUCUUAUCAGUUACAUUUUAGAGGGAACAAAGUUGAAUUUUUGUCUGUUGAGUUAUUGUGAACAUGUUUUAUGGGUUUCUUCAAAUGCUGAGCAAUAUAUUUACUUUAAUUUAACUUUUACUAAAUAUCGGCGUCAUUUCAUUAUAACUGGGUUCAAUGGAAC